AUGUCUCUUUCCUCCAAGCUCAACAUCACCGACCUCGACCUCAAGGGCGAGAGGGUCCUCAUCCGUGUCGACUUUAACGUCCCCCAGGACAAGGAGCAGAACAUUACCAACCCUGCUCGAAUUGUUGCUGCUUUGCCCACCAUCAAGUACGCCAUUGAGAAUGGUGCCAAGUCUGUCAUCCUCAUGUCCCACCUCGGCCGACCCGACGGUUCUCCCAACCCCAAGUACUCUCUCAAGCCCGUCGCUACCAAGCUCUCCGAGCUCCUCAAGAAGGACGUCGAGUUCCUCCCCGAGUCUGUGGGAGAGGCCACCAAGGAGGCUGUCCUCAAGGGCGAGAACGGCCAGGUCUUCUUGCUCGAGAACUUGAGGUUCCACGUCGAGGAGGAGGGUAAGGGUAAGAAGGGCGACGAGAAGAUCAAGGCCGACCCCGAGAACGUCAAGAAGUUCCGUGAGCAGCUUACCGAGCUCGGUACCGUCUACAUCAACGACGCCUUCGGUACUGCCCACCGAGCCCACUCUUCCAUGGUCGGCGUUCAGCUCCCCAAGCGAGCUGCCGGUUUCCUCAUGAAGAAGGAGCUCGAGUACUUUGCCAAGGUCCUCGAGAAGCCCGAGAGGCCUUUCCUCGCCAUCUUGGGUGGUGCCAAGGUUGCCGACAAAAUUCAGUUGAUCGAGAACAUGCUUGACCAGGUCGACACCCUCAUCAUCUGCGGUGGUAUGUCCUUCACCUUCAAGAAGACCCUCAACAAUGUCGAGAUCGGUACCUCUCUCUUCGACCAGCCCGGUUCCGAGAAGGUCCACUCUCUUGUCGAAAAGGCCAAGAAGAAUGGCGUCAAGCUCGUUUUCCCCGUCGACUACAUUACUGCCGAUGACUUUAACAAGGAUGCCAAGACCGGUACCGCCACCGACGAGUCCGGUAUCCCUGCUGACUGGAUGGGUCUCGACGCUGGACCCAAGUCCCGCGAGAUCUUUGCCCAGACUGUCGCCGAGGCCAAGACCAUUCUCUGGAACGGUCCUGCCGGUGUCUUCGAGUUCCCCGCCUUUGCUGGUGGUUCCAACGCCCUUCUUGAGGCCUGUGUAAAGGCCGCCAAGAACGGCAGCACCGUCAUUGUCGGUGGUGGUGACACUGCUACCCUUGUGGCCAAGGCCGGUAAGGAGGAUGAGUUGAGUCAUGUCUCUACCGGUGGUGGUGCUUCCCUCGAGUUGUUGGAGGGCAAGACUUUGCCUGGUGUUGCCGAGUUGAGCGAGAAGAACUAA